UAUAUAUAAUACUGCACAACUGAUUAAACAAAAGGGAAUUAAAUACUUUCCCUUUCUGUAAUCAGACGAAAUACAUCAGUCAAGGUUUAUUCAAAAUUUUCCUUGAAAUAGUACAAUUAUCUCGACAGAGAAACAAUUCAUAGAUAGGUUUAGUUUUAAGUAGGAACAGACAGUUGUGAAAGAAGAUAAUUUUAUCUAAAUACAGUGUACUUUGAUUCCGCAUUGAAAAAGUCAGCAAAGAAGAGAACAAAAGUAAAAAAUUAUUCACAACAUUUUCUUUAAAAUUUGUCAAUUACCAAGAGUAUCAGAUCGAAAUGAACAAUGAGACACUCCUCAGUCAGUCGGUGCCAAACUUUCAGUUUCUUUCUGUUUGUCACUACAUAACGAGUUUUGGUAUAUUUUUCAACAAUCAGGAUUUAAUUUCCCUAGAAUAUCAAAAUCAUUCUGUCUCUGUUCUAAACACUCUUUUUGAUUAUCUUCACAAUUCGACGAAUAAAGCUUUAACAAAACUUGAACUCCUUCAGAGAGUGUUAGCCGGAAGUGAUCUGUACGGCGGGGGAGAAAAUGAAACACUUGACAUGAAAUACGUGGAUGACACAUUUAAGUACAUCAUUAGUAAUGCUCUCUUUUCCCAAUAUGGAAACAUUCAAGGUUAUUUAGCAAGAGUAAUAAAUCUAGCGGACAACGUAAACUAUUCGGGACUAAAGAAGAACGUAUUAGAAGAUUUUUCAAAAAAUAACAAAAGUCUAGAUUACUGCUCAUCUAGAAGUGAAAGCAUUGAACUCACUCCGACAACACUUAACAAUGUUUUUAAUAAUUAUAUUUGGUCCAUCUUUCCCGAACCAGCGGAAAAUAUGGAUAUAUUGGAUGUUAAUUACAUAUACGCAAUGAUUGGUUUAAAAAUCGCCGAAUCUAUCCAAGUUGAUGGUAAUCUAUCUUUCGAUAAAUAUAUUUUUCUAUCCCAAGCUAUUGAAUUUCAAACAAUGUAUAACGAAUCUUAUAAUUUGACAUUGGAAUUAUUUAAGGCACCGGCUUUAUUUUACUAUGCCCAUAUCGAGAAGGCGAUGUUUCGCCAAGCUGAUGUAUCAACUUUGAUAAAGACUGAAAAAUUUUGGUACGAGGCGUACAAGAAAUUUUUUAGUUACAUUAAUCUUCUAUUAAGUAAUAGUUUAAGAAUAGAAAUGAAAAGAAGUCUUUAUUCGAAAUUACAAAUUCAACUGCAACAUUUAUUAAGUCGAACCUUUAUUGCUGCUGAAACACUGAGAAUCUAUUGUAACUACUCGAGUAUAGCAGCAGUUUCAGAAAUUUAUAUAGCUUUAUACAAAUUUUCCCGUUGGAUAUUAAAAUUAUUUUUACCAAAAGAAUGCAGCGUUGAUAGUCUUCCGGAUUUAGAGGAACUGUACGAUCAACAGUUUGAUGAGGUACGAAAAACAUUUAAUGAGAUUGAACAAAAUUCGCUGGAGCAGGUAUUGCUGGAUGGUGAUAUGAUAAAGAGGAUGAAUUUAAAUUCGACUGUUACAAAUGCUCAUGUACCACACUAUAAAAUGCAUUGUAUGUACUGCCCACCGAUGCCUAGAAAAAAGAAUAGUGAUAUUUAUUUACUAUUUGCAAUAAUUGAAAACAAGAAAACUGAUUUUUAUGCUCUUCAACAGGAAAAUAAUACUUUGACAUUACUUAAAAGUGAUGGAAAUGAACGCGAAUUUGCAAAAGCAGUCGCUAAUGAUUCGUCUCUAAAAAUGGAGAUUCCAGUAUUUUCGCAAAUUUAUAAACGAAAUGGUGAAGAUUAUAAGAUAUUUGUUCACAAGAUUGCUAAUAUUAAGACCGAACAGUUUGUACAGGGACUUAAGAAACAUUACCGAGAUCCUACAGACAUGGAGUUAGUAAUAGAUUUUUUGAAAUCAUUAGUACCAUUUUAUACCUGUAUUGAAAAUAUAAAAUCCGGAAAUCGAGGAGGAGCAUCACUAAGUUGUACAUUCGAUGUUCUUAGUCUUCUUCCAUUCGCUGGUGUUGGAGCAAAAUAUUUCUCCAUUAUGUGGAGUAGUAUGAUUGCUAAAAUAGGACCCCAAGCUUUAUCGAGUAUAUCUAAAUCAGCAUUCACCAAAUUGAUCAUGUCUACCGGUUUAAACCAAAUUUAUACAACCCUAACAGAAGAAAUUAUAACCAAGCAACUUCUAAAAGACAUCACAGUCGCCUCGCUAAGAACAUUGGAUCCAGGAUUUGAACUGUCAUACAAUUUUUUUAGAUUCUCCAGUCAAAUAGUGGGAAACAUGAUCCGGACAUUAUCGUCAAGAUUGAAAGGCAUGGCAAGGAUGAAGAAUCUUCUACAAUCUAUUGAACCAGUAACUAACAUUCUUGCUAGGAAUGCAAAAAUGCUAAAAGACUCUUCGGUCGUGAUUCAUCAGGAGAAUAAUUAUAAGGUCGUUAGAUAUCUUUAUCCCGGGGGUGUGAAUUAUUACGGACCUAAGUGCAUAGCAUCGUUUGGAAAAGUUGCUGAAAUGAGAACCAUCAAAGGGAAUGCAUUUCAAGUUCCCGUUGUUCCUGUAAAAUCCAUCGGUAAUUCAAUACAUUAUCAAGAAUACGUUCCAGAGACGGGUACGAUUUCUAAGGAAAAACUAGAAAUUGGUAGGGACAAUAUACUCCGUAGAAUUGGAAAUUACAUUGAAAUGAUUGCAGCGAAAGGAGGAGAUAUCAGCGUCAUACGUAAUUAUCACGUCUAUCAUAAUACAAUCGAGUGGAAGAAGACACCUGAAGGAACCCAAAACCAAAUUACCAAUAAUCCAACUGGUGAUACUAACGCCCCUGUGGAAGUUGACCCAAAUACUCCAGGAACUUCAAGAAUUCGAGUACGCACUGAUGACAUAUCAAGCCCAUCAAAAAAAGGUCGAAUUGAACACUCGACCAGUAGGAGUUUCAUCUACCAAGAAGAUAUGAAACAAACAGUAAAUUUGUUGACAAAAUUUAAAGAGAAUGGUUUAACCAACUUAUUAGAAAAUAACGAAUUGUUAUCCCUGCGAAAAAUUGUCCACUCCAUCGAUUUUUAUCAAACCGUCAAUACUGUAUUUAAGCCACCACAAGAUUUAUGGUUCACCAAAAAAUUAACAAGACCAUCUAUUGUUGCUAAUCUAAAAGAUCAAAAAGGAAAAGACUUUUACUUUAAUGACAUUACCAUAAUUACGGACACAAAUCCAGGUGAAAUUAUACUCAAGAAAAAUCCAAAAUUUACAUUAGUAACCGAAGUUCGUUAUCAUAUACAGUUUGAUUCUCAAUACGGACUUCUUGAUCUGUCUGCAUUUCAUAGUAGUUUCAAAAAUAAAUAUAUUGUAUCACCGGAAGUAGAAUUUUUCGUCAAGGACGCAAAGUUUUAUAAUGGAAAAGAGAUUUUGGUUUUGGUAAUGCAACAGAAAGCGAUGACAAAGGAAAGAUGGUUACAAAUAAAAGAAUGGCAUGAUAUUCUAUUUGAGAAGAAGGUAUCAAUACCUAAUGAGAGAAAAGAAAUGAUUGAGAAUGCUGCAAUGUUUGUAGCAGAAAAUACACCUCUACACAGAUUUUCUGAAAUGGAGGAAGCUUUCAAAAAUUUUAUUCUAAAUAUCAAUGGCGAAAAUAAUUUAGUUCCUACUUACGAUAAAUUGGCGAAAGAAAUCUACGCGAGUAACACAUUUCCAAUUGAGUAUAUGAGAUUUAAAAUAGAUAAUAGCAAUUUCGUUAAUGAUAUUCUAUUUCAAAAAUCACUAGUGCAGAUAAAUGAUAUUGAUAUUGCACGGAAUACAAUUUCUACCGUAUAUAAAGGUAUUUAUAAACAGAAAGUUGAACCGGUGUUUGAAAUUUAUCACAAUUCACCUAAUAUUAGAGAACUUAUGCGAUUUGAGGAUUUUUAUGUGAUCUAUUCGUUUACUUCCAGUACUUUAUUAUUAGAUGCACUAGCACCGAAUAGGUUAGCUAUUGCAUUACGUAGACUUGCUUUAAGACAGUGUAGUGAGCCAUUACUCUCUACUCCAAUUACAGUUUAUGCCAUUUCAACAGUUACUUCAAAUGGAUUUCAAGAAUUAAUAAGAUUAAAAACUGGUGGUUUCAUCCGUUUUCCAAAAAUGGUUAGAUUUUUAUCGAAACAAGAAAAUUUAGUGAAUACUAUUCAACAUAAUGAACCUUCAGAUAUAACAGUAAUGUAUCAAUUGACAAUGUCAAAUAAGGCUGGAAUAGCUGAUUUAAGUUCUAUUAUAAGUGAAAAAAAUGGACGUAUGUAUAUAUUGGAAGAAAUGCAGUUUAUAAUUAUUGAAAGGAGUAAAGAGAUAAUUGAUGGAAAAGAUGUUUUUGUAGUAAAACUUGAAGACGAUAAAUCAUCAACAGAGAAACGAAUGGUCCAUACAGUAAACAAAAUUAAUCAAAUAUUUCUACAUGGUUCUAAACUUCAAGUACAUAAUUUUAACAGUCGCCGAUAGUAACAUUUAUUUAAUUUUGUCAUAUUCUAAACUUCAAGUUAAUAAUAUUAACAGUCAUCGAUAAUAACAUUUAUUUCAUUUUGUCAUAUUCUAAAUAACUUAGAAAAUUCUUUUAGAUAAAGUUCGCUACCAGGACAAAUAAUAGUUUGUGUGUUUUACAAAUUUUUAAAAGCAGUCUCCACAAAUACGAUGUAUCAAUAUCAGGUAAAAAGAUAUUUAAAUGUGUUACAAUGCAUGAAAGUAAAUAAUAUAAAGUUUGGAAACUGCGUUACUGAACAACUGGUUACACAAAGUGGAAUAAAAUGGUAUCUUAUAAUUAGAGUACUGACGCUUCUAGAUAAUAUUAUAUGACACUUAAAUUCAUAUAAAAUAAUUACCAUUCUAAAAAAAAAUUAGUAGACCAGGAGUUACCUUCUUAAAAUAUAAAUUCCAGUCAACAAGAAGCAGCAGCCUUCAGUUGUUUCAUUGAUGUCCUUAAUUUUAUUUCAGUAGCUGUAGUAGUAUCUACAUUCAAUAAAUUAACGAUAACCACCGAUUUGGGUCUAAUACAGAAACUGGUGUGGAAAUUCUAACCAAACAACUUCUGAUAGAUAUCAGUAUCGCCUCUAUACGAACAUUGGAUCCUGGUUUUAAACUAUCAUUUCAAUUUCAAGAUUUCCGAAUGAAGUAUUUAGAAAAAUUUAUCGCAUGUUGUCCUCAUAGUUUGGAAGUAUUCCGAAUGUUAAAAAUCUCCUUCCUCCUAUUGAAUCUGCCGAACUGAGAACUAUCGAAGGGAACAGAUUUCAAGUUCCUGUUGUGUCCUUAAAAUUAGGUAAUUUAGUCUACUAUAGGGAAUUCAAUCUGACAAGUAGAGAAAUUUAUAAGGAGAAACUCAAAAUUAAAGCAGAAGGAAGAGAUAUCAAUGUCUUACAUAAUUAUAAAGUGUAUCAUAAUACAAUCACGUUGUAUAACCAACCUAUCAAAGGGGAUUCAAUUAAAAGGUUCAUUCCCCUUAUGGAUCAAAGAAAUUUAGUGAUAGAUUCGGAAACAUAAAAGUCUAUUAAAGGAAGAAUGGUAAAAAAUUAAAGAUUGGGUUAAAAUGUUACUUUGGAGACGGGAAUUUUUACAGUCUGCAAGAGCUGCUAGUAUCGAAAAGUGAUCACUCUUUGCAUCAUCCAAUACACCUUUGAAAAAAUUCAAAGUUUUUACUUAUGAUACGUGGGCAAGUGGUACUAAAAUUUUAUGUCGACAUGUGAUAAUUAGAUUCUCUUUUCUUUAGGGUGUAAAAAAAUAAUUUUUUACCACCUGAUGGAUACGUGUGUAUAAUAAUUUAAAACUUUCAAAAUAAUGAAUAAACCUUGAUGUAGAAUCAAAAAC